CACAUAUUCAUUCUUGUGUAAACUUUCGAGGCAGAAGCAUCUAUUUCAACAACAAGCCAAACCCGGCCAGCAAAAUGUCAAAAACAACCACCACUUCCAUUGCCAUCGCAUUCGUUGCUACCAUCAUACUCUGUCAUUGCAACCACUUCGUAGCAGCGCGUCCUGAUCAAUACGAUGCCGCUGCUGAGACGCGAAAUUUCAAAAGCGAAGUGAAAGAGGAUGGCAGUUACCAAUAUCAGUACGAAACUUCGAAUGGCAUUGCCGCUGGCGAAUCCGGUGUAGGCGGCUAUUAUGCGAGCGGCUCUUCAGCCUAUUAUGCGCCAGAUGGUCAGCUCAUUCAACUGAGCUAUACCGCCGAUGAGAAUGGUUUCCAUCCGGCUGGCGAACAUUUGCCCACACCACCUCCAGUACCAGAGGCCAUUCUCAAAGCGCUUGAAUACAUUCGCACACAUCCGCAGCAGGAGGACCGCAAGGGAGCCAGCGGCCAAGCUCAGUUCUAA